AUGGGCCAAACGCGCGCAGAAAUGCGUGCCGCCCAGCGGCAUAUCAUUCCAGUCUCUCAACCCACUGUCCGUCUUCGCCUCCCCUCUUCUCCCAUUCCGCACACUUCCCUGUCCCUUUUCCCCCUGCCGUUUCUCUCCCUUUUCCCCCUGCCGUUUCUCUCCCUUUUCCCCCUGCCGUUUCUCUCCCUUUUCCCCCUGCCGUUUCUCUCCCUUUCCCCGUCCGCUACGCGCCGUCCCCUUUCCGCCACCCUCUUUCUCAUUCCGCCACUCCGCCUCCCCCUUCCGCCUCUCCGCCUCCCCCGUCCGCCAGUGCGCCAGCUGGGGCUGCCCACGGACCUGGCGGCGGUGGCGCUACUGGCGCAGGCGGCGGACGACUACGUGCGGGGCGAUAAGAGCACAUCCGAUAAGAGCCGCGCCAACCUGCUUGCGCUCGUCGCGCAGACAGGGGGAGGCCGCGCGGAAGGGGAGGCGGAGGCGGGGGAGGAGCUGGGGGAGGAGCUGAUCGCGGAGCUGGACGCGUGCAUGCUGUCUUACUUUGGCUUCCACUGGCCGCACUCGGCGCUCAUGAUCGAACAGGUGUUCCGAGGGCCCAGCAGUAAGCUGCACUUGCGGGACGCCGUCAACGCCGUCAUCCGGGCCCAGCAGCAAGCUGAGCUGCACUUUCGGGACGCCGUCAACGCCGUCAUCCGGCAGAGGCGGUUCAACGAGGCAAUAACGUGUCUGCGCCCGCAGCAGCGCUUCUCCCAGCUGCUGGAAGAAAUGAAGGUCCUCGGCUGUGGCCCCCGCCCGGGGGGAGCAGGGGGGGUGGGGCAAGGGGGAGCGGGGCAAGGGAGAGCGGGGCAAGGGGGAGCGGGGCAGGGAGAAGGAGCCCACGGGGGGGCAUCUGAAGGGGGGUACGGACGGGAAGGCAGAGAUACGGCGGAGAGCAGUGAAGCAGUGGGAAGUGAUGGCCCUGAGAGUGAGAGUGGGAGUGAAGUCCGCUUAAAGAAUGGGGUCCGGCCAGGCUCAAAGAGCACCAGAGACCCGCCCCCACUCCCUGAGGGUGACCACCUCACCGCCCACUCCCCCUCUCACUCCCUCUUCCAGUUCCCCACUUCCUCCCCAUCUCACUCCCCCUCUCACUCCCCCUCUCGCUCUCCUUCGCACUCCCACUCUCCCUCCCGCUCGCCCUCCCGCCCGCGCCCGUCAAGUGCGGAGGUCCCGAGGGAGGGGGAGGUGAUGGUGCCGGCAGCAGCGGCGGUGCGCUCGCCCGUGUUGCUUCUGAUUGGUGGGGGCAUGGGCGCCGGCAAGUCAACGGUGGUCAAGGAGAUCAUGAAACGCACCUUUUGGGCGCACAUGGCGCCACAUGCGGUGGUGGUCGAAGCCGACGCAUUCAAAGAAAAGGACGCAAUCUUCCGAGCACUCUCCGCCGACCGGCUGAGCGACGCCGCCCGGAUUUCGCAGCUCGUGCACGAGGAGUCAACCCGGGCGGCGCAGUCAACGCUGGUUACCGCGCUGAACGAGGGGCGGGACGUGAUAUUUGACGGGACCAUGUCGUGGGCCCCGUUUGUGCAGCAGACGAUUGCCAUGGCUAGACGGGUGCAUGAGAGGCGGUUUAGGAUGGGGCCAGGGUAUCGAGUGAAAGAGGAUGGGAGUGUGGUGGAGCGGUAUUGGGAGGAGGUGGAGGAGGAGGAUGGGAGUGAGGGAGUGGUGGAGGAGCGGAAGGAGAGAGCGGAUGGAGAGAUGGUUGGGAGCGAGAAAGGGGAGGAGGUGGAGGGGAGGAGGGAUAAGCCAGUGAAAGAGACAGAGGAGCAGAAUUUUGAGCCAUAUGAGUGGGCUCAAAAAGAGGAGCAGCAGCACCGGCCCAAGAGGCACAGCAGUCCACGGAGGGCCUUGGGAUCGGGGGGAGGGACCAGAUUGGGCGUGGGAGGGAGAGCUGCGGGUGACCGAUUAGAUCGUUCGAGCUGCUCCAGCAGCGGGAAGGGGCAGGAAAAAGGGGGCGCGGAGGGCAUGGGAAGGAGGCACAGGGGAGGAGAGAUGCGGGCCAUUCUAACAAAGAGGGGAGUGCCCGUGCAUGAGCAGCUGCGGUCGCACAAGCUGCGGGCCAUUCUCACAAAGAGGGGAGUGCCCGUGCACGAGCAGCUGCGGUCGCACAAGCUGUUUGCCAGCAGUGUGGAGGCGUACUGUGACCUCGUGGACGUGGCUACGCUCUACUCCACCAACCAUAUGGGCGGACCACCACAGCUCAUAGGCUACAAGGAAGGCACAUCACCCCCCAGGAGCGCACCCACCACCCCACCGUCCACCCCAACCGGCAUGAUCACACCGCCGACAAGCACACCCCCCAGCACUGGCGCCAUCUGCAGCGGAGGGGUGUGCAGCCACCUGCUGGUGGACUCAGCGGCCUUUCACUUAGUCUCCGACUUGAAGAGCGUCAAUCCCCGCGCCUCCUGCGUUCUCGAGCUUUACUUCAAGGAGGGAGAGGGGGAUGGGGAUGGGGAUGGAGAGGGAGAGAGGGGGGGCAGGAGAAACCUCUGGUGGCUGCCUGGGUGGUGGUUGUCCCUGUGGGGCUGGGGAAACCGGGCAGCGCGGGCAGGCGAGGAGAAGUUUGGGCCGGGAAGCACGUGGAGGGAGGUGGUGCUGGCGGAGGAGCGGGCCGCGCGGCAGGCUCGACUGAGGGAGGCGUUUACUGAGUUGCAGGCGUGCCUGUGGCCGGCAGCUCACAGCAACCGAGGCAUCACUUCGUCUACCAGCUUCACCUCCCUGCAAUCCCUGCCCCACGGGAAGGUCAGAGAGGACGAGAAGGUGGUUUCUGGCAGUGAGCGCACUGGCGUCAUGUGCGGCCCGAUGGUCCCCGUGGAUCGCGGACUGGAUCCGAUCAAGCACACGCAGUACCCGUACGUGACGGGCGCUUCGGUGCUGGCGAUGAAGUACAAGGACGGCAUCAUCAUGGCGGCGGACACCAUGGGAGCAUACGGGCGUACAAUGCGGUACAAGUCGGUGGAGCGCAUGCAGCAGGUGGCGCCGCACACGGUGAUGGGCGCUGGCGGGGAGAUCAGCGACUUCCACUUCAUCCUCUCGCUCUACGAGGAGCUCCUCACAAACGACUACGCAUUUGAUGACGGGCACGUGCUGUCCACACGAGAGGUGUUCAACUACAUGACGCGUGUCAUGUACAACCGCCGCAACCGCUUUGACCCGCUUUGGAACUCCAUCGUCAUCGGGGGGCUCGACAAGGGCGAACCCUUCCUCGGCUCGGUGACAAUGAUUGGCGUUCACUUCACGGACGACCACAUAGCAACGGGCUUUGGCAGCCACAUGGUGCGCCCGCUCUUCCGCAACGAGCACCGCAACGACAUGAGUGAGGAGGAGGCAGUCAAGCUGCUGGAGAAGGGGCUGAGGGUGCUGUACGCCCGCGACAGCAGCGCGCUUAACAAAUUCCAGAUUUCAAAAGUAACAGCAGAGGGAGUGACAAUAUCGAAGCCAUUUGCGCUGAACAUAGAGUGGAACUACGCCCAUUUUCAGAAUGCAGUGCCUGAUAAGUACAGCCGAGGAAAGGCUGCUGGAAAGAAGGCAGUGAGCAGGUCAGCAAAGGCAGGUCUUCAAUUUCCUGUGGGUCGUAUAGCCCGUUUCCUCAAGGCUGGAAAGUAUGCCACUCGGGUUGGUGCCGGUGCUCCAGUGUACCUUGCUGCAGUCCUCGAAUACCUAGCUGCUGAGGUUUUGGAGCUUGCCGGGAACGCAGCCAGAGACAACAAGAAGACUCGCAUCGUUCCGAGACACAUUCAGCUGGCCGUGAGAAACGACGAGGAGCUCAGCAAGCUAUUGGGAGCGGUUACCAUUGCUGCUGGUGGUGUUUUACCAAACAUUCAGUCCGUCCUACUCCCGAAGAAAUCAUCGGCUGACAAGGGCGAGGCCUCAGAAGCUUAG